UUUACGCGGAUGUAAAAAUAAAUCAAGUUCGACAACUUGUUUUAUUGUGUUUUUACUUUCAGUAUUACUAAGCUUCGUGUCAAAGUGUAGAUAAAAAAUUAGUUUAAAAGUAAGAAAAGUAAAUAAUCGUUGUGUUAUUUAUACAUUUAUAUUUUGUGAGAGCUAAAAAGUUAAUAUAAAGAAAAAUUUAAAAAGUGACUGUUUUUAAAAUGAUAAAGACGAAUAGAAAUCCAAUGUUGUGCAUACAUUGUUUCGACAAAAAGUCUUCGUCAGAGAAAACACAUUUGAAGAUGGUUGUGAAAAGAAACAGUUCUAUUUCAUCUUGUUUGACUAAAUUAUCGGUUUUUAACUUAUCAUCGACUUUUAUAUGGUGUGUGCUGCUGUUUUCGUUAUCGGCAUCUGGGGUCAUCGGGAGGCCAGAGGCUAUAGGUCAACAGGCGGAGAAAGAUGAAACGGCUUUUGUAGAUAACUAUCUUUCGUCAUUUGGAUAUUACCACCACAAAGACCAGAACACAAACACACAUUCUGUAAGUGACAAAGGGAGUAAACUCGAUGAACCCCGGGCAGAUAACCCACCAAAAGUUAUCCACACGGACGAGGAAAGGCGGCACGCUUUACGACGACUUCAAGCUUUCUACAACCUCCCCCUGACCGGGGUGUAUGACGCCGCCACCCAAAAUUUGAUGAAGGGGGCGAGGUGUGGGCGGGAGGACGUGAAAGACGAUGAAGAUGUGGAACAAUUGAAACAGGACGGCAAAACAAGGAGGAAGCGCUACGCUGUUGCCAGAUAUGCAGAUGAUACCAUUGCUAAAUGGAAAGCAGAUAAGUUAACAUGGAGAAUCACAGCCCCUUCUAAACAAAUCUCUACAAGUCAACAAAGAGAUAUCUUCAGACGGGCGAUUGCUGUGUGGGGUAAUGUGGUUCCGGUCAGGUUUGAGGAAGACAGGGGUACCGGAGAGCCGGAUAUCGACGUCAGAUUUGUCAGGCGGCAGCACGGACCUUCGGACGAUCCGGUCUUCGAUGGUUCCAACACCGACCGGGCCAAUGUCCUUGCUCACGCCUGGGGCCCUCACGUGCAGCCCAAGGGCCUGAACGGUGACGUCCACUUCGAUGAGGACGACACGUGGUCCAACACGGACACCCUGCUGGGCGUGGCCGUGCACGAGCUGGGCCACACCAUGGGGCUGCUGCACUCGUCGGACAGCUCGUCCAUCAUGUACCCCGUGUACAGGGACUCGACGGUUCUCACGAGAGAUGAUCUGGAUGGCAUCAACGCCAUCUACAAGUCCUGGCCAGAAUCCAAUCGCCCAACUACAAGGUACCCCAUUUCUCAUAGAGGACAGUGGACACCGGACUCACGAUACCGGACCGACAGACCGGAAACACGAUACCGGACCGACAGGCCGGACCCCCGCUACAGGCCGGAAAGACCGGACAUAGGACACCGGACCGACAGACCGGACCCACGCUACAGGCCGGAAAGACCGGACCUAGGACACCGGACUGAAAGACCGGACGCACGCUACAGACCACAAAGACCGGACCCACCACACAGAACAGAUUUACCUGGACGACCAUUCUUCACGGUCAAGCCAGAGUGGGCCGUCACACCAGCCACGACAACCCCACAGGCCUUCUGCCAGGAACUUGACGUCAGCGCCGUGUUUGAAGACCCAACGUCCAACAGCCGAGGGAACUACAUGGCUAUCACUGGGGAGAACGUUCACCAUCUCGCACCAACUGGUGCCCUGCUGCGCACCACGAAACUCACUUCCGUGUACCCGGAACUUCCCGACAACAUCGACAUCGCCUUUUCCGUCAGAGAGACGGCUCAGCUAUUCAUUAUCAAAGGCAAGCAGAUAUGGGCCUACAGAAAUAACCAAUUAAAAAGCGGGUAUCCCCGUUCUUUAGACGGAUACAGGUUUCCGGAAACACCAAGAUUCGCUUUAUCGUACACAGAAAGCAAUGGACGCUUAAGAACUCUUUUGUUCGGGCAAACUUACUUCUGGGACUUCCGAACCGACAGAGAAGAGGCGUAUCCCGUCAGUCCACAGCCAAUAGCCAACAAUGUGUAUCGAACGCUCCCGCGUGACGUCAUGUUUACCACCAAAUGGACUGACGACAAUGUGUAUGUCGUCACUAGCAACAGCUACUUUAUUUUCGACCCGCGGCAAGGGAAGAUAACUCAUGAAAAACCGUUCGCUGGUAAGCCAGCGUGGUUGCAGUCCUUGUGUAACAGUGGACAUGGAUUGUCAACGACAGGCGUGCUAGUUCUCUUGAUUUCCUUGCUAGCGUUCUUUACCUCAAGUCAAGUCAAUGGCUGAUAAAGACUAUAUGUUGUAUUGAUCGAUUGAACAGUGUAAAUCGGAAGCAAAUUUCGUAUUGUGCCAACUUGGUGUUUGGAUUUUCACACGGUGUUGUGAACACAUAACUCAAAGUUCACUGUGGCGUCAUGGUCCAGAACUUUGAACUCAGUUCACAAAAGCACUUGUGUAUAAUUAACUUGCUCAAAACUCAUAACGUCCCUUGUUUUUAUUAUGACGUCAUUUAUUGUCGUAAAGACGUCACUUGUUUUCUAAAUGGCGUAACUCGGCUUACUUUAUGCUAAAAAAAAAACAAGUAUCCAGAUUUUUUUGCUCCUACCUGCCAAGAAGCAUUUCCCUUUGCAAUAUUAAAGUUGCGAUUUUUAACAAUGAACUAUAGAGGGUUAACAAUAUUCAGCAAUGCUAAUAUUUUUAAUAGGCUACUAUUAUGUCACAGUAAUUAAACUAUAAAAAGAUAUUAAUAUUCCAUAAU